AAUGGCGAUGGCUUCACCUCUGGCCGUCAAUGGAGUCAAGUUGGCUACGGCUUCACCUCUGGCCGUCAAUGGAGUCAAGUUGGCUACGGCUUCACCUCUGGCCGUCAAUGGAGUCAAGUUGGCUACGGCUUCUCUAGCUUAUGUGGACACCAAGGCUGCAAACCAUACGAAGGCUCUGAUGGCGGAGCUUUCCCGCCAAUUCUACGGCCUCCGAUUGGUUUCCGGCCCCGCCGGUUGCAUUUCCAUCAAGGUUCACGACCACUCCAUUCCCAAGGGACAACACACAGUCGCUUUGUCGCAUUCCGGUGUUAAGAAGGAGCGAAUGGUAGCGGAGGACACCUGCAUGUUAUCUUAUGGUGGGUCAAUCUUAUAUUCACCACCUCCAAAGCCAUUUUCUCACAAGCUCCCGUACUGUUUGGAUGGUGGACCUCUUUUUAUGAAGGAUCCUUUUGGGAGCAUCAAAGGAAUGUCAAGCAAAAUUUCUGUGAAGGCUGGGGCCCAAGGUUUAGAUAAUGAAAACAAACCAUUGCCACGUUGCAUAGUUCUUGAUAUCGAAGGGACUACUACACCAAUAUCUUUCGUUACUGACGUUCUCUUUCCAUAUGCUCGUGAUAAUGUUGGAAAGCAUUUGAUUUUAACGUAUGAAACUGCAGAAACUCAAGAUGACAUUAAGUUAUUGCGUUCACAAGUUGAAGAAGAUUUGGAAAAGGGUGUUGCUGGAGCUGUGCCCAUACCUCCUGAUAAUGCUGGGAAAGAGGAAGUCAUUGCAGCAUUGGUUGCUAAUGUUGAAGCAAUGAUAAAAGCUGACCGCAAGAUAACUGCCUUGAAACAAUUGCAAGGUCACAUAUGGAGAACAGGAUUUGCAGGGAAUGAAUUGGAGGGAAUAGUUUUUGAUGAUGUGCCAGAAGCUCUUGAGAGAUGGCAUGCUUUGGGCAUUAAGGUCUACAUAUACUCGAGCGGAAGCAGGUUGGCACAAAGGCUUAUAUUCGGAAAGACUAAUUAUGGUGAUCUAAGAAAAUACUUAUCAGGAUUCUUUGACACUGCUGUGGGGAACAAAAGAGAAAUAAGGAGUUAUGUUGAGAUUUCAGAGUCUCUUGGAGUUGAUACACCAUCAGAGAUCCUGUUCAUCACAGAUGUCUAUCAGGAAGCUGUAGCAGCAAAAGCAGCAGGGCUGCAGGUGGCCAUCUCAAUCCGACCAGGAAAUGGUCCACUGCCUGAUGAUCAUGGGUUCCAGACUGCCACUUCCUUCUCAGACAUCACAGCUUGAGAGACUGUUCCAAAUGAGCAUUAAAAGACGGCAACUCAAAAACUCCGUGGGGCCCAACAGUUUCCAACAGUCACGUGCGUUCCACGUCAUGAAAUUUGAGCUCUCAGAUUAAGAUCCAACGGCCAACAACUGCUUUACAGGUAGGGUGUAACGAUUGCGUGAGUGGUCGCGUCAGCAUCUGAUAAAAUCUCUCAGAUCCUCCAACCGCCCAAUCAAUAUGUCAUCAA